GUAUUCAUGAUUUUAACGUUUGGUUUUGUUUCGUUUGGUUUGUUAACAAAUGUGAAAAGCGGGCAAUAUUUAUAAUGAGGCAAUUUGUUUAAAAAGUUUAUGAAAUAUAAUCGAACUAAUAGAAAUUGUGAACAGUUUGCACGAGUUGUUUCUUGUAGUAAAUAAGUUAUCCUAAUCAUGGAGGAUCACGAAAAUCGAGAGAUAAAUCCACCUCUCAUGAUGAUGGAACCACCCCCAUUCAUAGAUACCCAUCAAUUACCACCACCGAUACUAGAUAUGCCUUUCCAAAUGAUACCUACGUAUCCAGUAAGUCAAGAGGGUUAUGGUUCAGAAAAUCAUGAUCUUGAUGUUAGUGGAAAUGAUGAUGCUGAAGGUUCAGAGGAUGCAGAAAAUGCAGAAGGAAUUGAAGUUGUUUUACCACAAGUUUUAGAAGAUGUGCUAGCUUUGAAAGAUCAGAGAGUUGAAGAAUUAGGAGUGGAAGAGAUUUCCUCUGAUCAGCAAUCCAGUGAAAUUGCACAAGAAGAACAAGAUAAAACGGAAAUUGAAGAAAUUGUAGAAGCUAUCCCAGAUAAUGAGCCACUUCAGAAUUCUAAUAAAAGUAAAGAUCCUAAAAUUAGUAGGAAUAAGAAAAAGAAGAAGAGAAAGAAGAAUAAAAGGUUGAUCGCAAAGGAAAACGAAGAUAAAGAGAAGGAAGAAGGUGAGGAGAAAAAAAAGGUUGAAGAAGAUGUCGAGGUUGAGUACAUCCAGGAAACUUUAGGAUUACAUGAAUUAGCACCUCAGUAUAGAUUGUUCUAUCAAAUUUUUGAAGCCUUCAAAAUAUCUGAUCAAAAACCUGAUAUUCCUCCACCCAUGUUAGCAAUUCCAACAUCACUAUCCACGAAAACACCCAUUUUGGCAAUGGGUGAUCAGUUCCAGGAUGAAAUGGAAGAAGGGGACGACAAAAAGCUUGAAGACAAGAGUAAAUUGUCAAAAAGGAAAUUGAAAAAAUUAACGAGACUCAGUGUGGCCGAGUUGAAACAAUUAGUGAAUAGACCAGAUGUUGUAGAAAUGCAUGAUGUGACUGCCCGUGACCCAAAACUUUUAGUGCAGCUGAAAGCGCACAGAAACACUGUGCAGGUGCCCAGACACUGGUGCUUCAAACGGAAAUAUCUGCAAGGGAAAAGGGGUAUAGAAAAACCGCCAUUCAACUUGCCUGAUUUUAUUAAGAGGACUGGUAUUAUGGAAAUGCGUGCCUCGCUGCAAGAUAAAGAUGAAUCAAAAACGCUAAAAGCGAAAAUGCGCGAAAGAGCGAGGCCCAAGUUGGGUAAAAUCGAUAUCGAUUACCAAAAAUUACAUGACGCAUUUUUCAAGUGGCAGACAAAACCUAAAAUGACAAUUCAUGGUGAUUUGUACUAUGAAGGAAAAGAGUUCGAGACUAGAUUGAAGGAGAAAAAACCUGGAGAUUUGUCGGAAGAAUUGAGAACUGCUCUCGGUAUGCCCGUCGGACCAAAUGCCCAUAAGGUGCCGCCUCCAUGGCUCAUUGCAAUGCAACGUUACGGUCCUCAACCGAGUUAUCCUAACUUGAAGAUUCCCGGUCUUAAUGCACCUAUUCCAGAGGGUUGUACUUUCGGUUAUCACGCUGGUGGUUGGGGCAAACCGCCAGUCGAUGAAAAUGGUAAACCUUUGUACGGCGAUGUAUUUGGAACUGCCAUCAACAAUGUAGAUGAUAUUGGAGAUGAUGCUACUGUAGAACGUAAUAUGUGGGGUGAACUGGAAUCGGAGUCGGAAGAAGAGAGCGAAGAAGAGGAAGAGCAAGAGGAACAGAAAGAACCAGAUGAAAGCGGUCUUGUAACACCUGCCGAAGGAUUGGUAACUCCCAGUGGGUUGUCCUCAAUUCCAGCUGGCAUGGAAACUCCAGAAACGAUAGAGUUGAGAAAAAAGAAAAUCGAAGCGGAAAUGGAAGGUGGAGAUACACCAGCUCUAUACCAUGUGAUACCUGAAAAGAGAAAUGAACGUAUCGGCACGUCGAUGAUGGGCAGCAAUCAUGUGUACGAUAUGACAGGGGUUGGUGCACCGCCGCCUGCUGUUAUAUCGGCAAGACGCGGUGCUGGGACAGCAGCACCUCCUGAAAGGGAAGGAAUGGUCGAAUUGGCUUUGGAUCCAUCUGAAUUGGACAUGGACAGUGAUGCAAUGGCCGUACGAUAUGAGCAACAGAUCAGAGAAAAUCAAUCGCAGUUGCAGAAAGAAGAUCUUAGCGAUAUGUUAGCGGAACAUGUUGCCAAGCAGAAGAGUAAAAGGAAGCGACAACAAAACAUGGAUACGAAACAAACAAAAAAAUACAAGGAAUUCAAGUUUUAAUGCGUGCAUUGUAAUUAAUUUUGAGAAAUGUAUAUCAUAUAAGAUACAAACAAUUAUAUAUAUAAAAGAACGCGAAUUUUAUGUUUA